UUAUUACUGAGCUUUGAUAGUUAGCUUUAGUACAAUAGUUUCCAUCAGUAGCUGCGCCGAUAUCGUGAUUCAAGCAAAUAACAUAAAUUCUUAAUCAAAUCGACUAUCUGCAAGAUUGCCAGUUUCUCUUCAUCAUGAACCUCUUACAAGAUUUUCAAUAUCACUGGACAGAAAACAUGGAUCCACGGGUAGUCGAUUUACCAUUAAUUGCCUCUUCCUAUUACGUGCCAUUAGUAAUAUUUUCUUAUCUAUAUUUCGUGCUUCGCUGCGGACCACGAUUCAUGAAGGACAAACCGCCAUAUUCGCUCAAGACAUUUAUGCAACUGUACAAUAUCAUUCAAAUAUUGGCCAACUUAUAUGUGGUGUACGAUUCUAUCGUUGCUGGUCUGUUCACAAACACGAAGCUAUUGUGUCCGAAACAGGAAUUUUCCUACGAUUACACUCUACUAAGGAUAACUAGGAGGAGCAUGUAUUGGUAUUUUCUGUUGAAAAUACUGGACUACGUUGAAACGGGCAUGUUCGUGUUGCGAAAGAAAAACAAGCAAGUGACCGGAUUGCAUUUGUAUCAUCACGUGUCCACAUUGUUAUUUUCAUGGUUAGGCUUAAGAUACAUGUCGUUCGUUCCGAGUAUGCUCUUCGCUAUAGCUAACAGCAGUAUACACGUAAUUAUGUAUACUUAUUAUUACCUAGCAGCGCGCGGACCAAACGUACAAAAACUUAUUUUACCUUUGAAACCAUGGAUAACUAAAAUGCAAAUGAUACAAUUUGUCGCACUGAUAGUGUACUCUACACAAAACUUCUUCCCCGGAUGUAAAAUGGCGCCGCACUGGGUCGCUGUAAUUUUUAUCACAAACUUAAUAAUAAAUUUCUCACUGUUUUAUAAUUUCUAUCAAAAAGCGUACAACAAACACAAGAAGAUCAAGUAAAAUAAACAAUCCAAAAAAUGUUAUGUUUUUACAUAAAUGUGUAAGCUAUUGUACUUUUAAACAAAAAGCUAUUUUUAAUAAUUUAUGAAUUGAUUAUAGACACCAUGUAUGUUAAUGUAAAGAAAAAAGUAAAGAGAUGUGCGAGUUCUCGCUUUAACAAAUGAGACAAAGCAGGAAAGUUGUCUCCGGAAUGUAUAGACUAAUUGAAAUAAAACAACUUUAACAAAUUUCAGCUCA